AUGUUGGGAAACGCAUCAAAUUCAGGAGAAGUUAAUCCAAGUGUAUCUUCAUCAGUUAGUAGAAGUAGAAGUAAAAAUGCUCCAGGAAACCGAUCUGAUAUUGGAUGGAAACAUGGAUUUGAUGUUAAUGGUAAUGGAAGAAAAGUGAAAUGCAACUAUUGCUCAAAGAUUGUAAGUGGAGGCAUAUUUAGAUUUAAGCAUCAUCUUGCUGGAACUAGAGAAGAUUCUGAGCCUUGUGCUUCUGUUCCGGAUGAAAUAAAAAAUUUGAUGAUAAAAGUAGUUGCAGAAGCUAAGAAUGCUUCAUUAAAGAAAAGAAAGAUAAAUAUCGGUGAAGACGAGGAAGAAAGUGAAAAUUUUGAAGGAGGACACAAGGUAUUCGGUUUUAAAGGAAAAGAAAAAGUUGCUACUACUAGUAAGGGGGGAGUUCAAGCAACUAUAAAUCAAAUGAUGAAAAAAGGAUACAAAGAAGAAGUUGAUGCUCAAGUUGCUGAAUUCUUUUACACCAGUGCCAUUCCUUUCAAUGUAAUUAGAAAUCCAGCAUUUGCAAAGAUGUGUGAAAUGAUUGGUAAGUAUGAAGUUGGAUACAAAUCACCAUCUUAUCAUGAUAUUAGAGAGAAGCUCUUGAAACAAGCUGUGAAGAAAACAGAUGCAAAUCUUGAGGAAUAUAAGGAGGAGUGGAAGAAAACUGGAUGUACAAUUAUGUCUGAUGGUUGGACGGAUAGAAAAAGACGUUUUAUUUGCAACUUCUUGGUGAAUAGUCCUAGAGGGACGGUUUUUCUUUAUUCACUUGACACUUCAGACAUUUCAAAAACAGCUGAUAAAGUUUUCAAAAUGUUGGAUGAUGUUGUCGAGUUUGUUGGAGAAGAAAAUGUUGUUCAAGUUGUCAUUGAUAAUGCUGCAAAUUUCAAGGCAGCCGGAGAGUUGUUGAUGCAAAAGAGGGAAAAAUUGUAUUGGACUCCAUGUGCAGCACAUUGCAUUGAUUUGAUAUUCGAAGAUUUUGAAAAAAAUUUGAAGGCAUCGUUGUUGACCAUGUUCAGCUCUGAGGAAUGGAAGACAAGCAAGUUUGGAACUUCACAAGAGGGGAGAAAAGUAGCACAUGUAGUAUUAGAUAGUCGAUUUUGGAAGAAUGUCUCCAUAUGCUUGAAAGCUGUUGCCCCUCUCAUGGUUGUCUUAAGAUUAGUGGACUCAGAUGUAAAACCUGCAAUGGGUUUCAUUUAUGAAGAGAUGGACUGUGCAAAAGAGAAUAUUAGGUCUAACUUUAACAAUAUCAAAAAGAGUUAUGAAGAGGUUUGGAGAAUAAUUGAUGCUCGAUGGGAUAAUCAACUUCAUAGGCCUUUGCAUGCAACUGCCUAUUUUCUAAACCCUCAUUUCCACUAUGAACCUAACUUUAGAUCUGAUGAUGGUGGAGAGGUGAAAGAAGGAUUGUAUUUUUGCAUGAGAAGAUUGAUACCAGAUAUGACAGAAAGAAGAAAAAUUAAUUUACAAAUUGUUGAAUUUCAUAAUGCUAGAGGCCUGUUUGGAAUGGAAGAUGCAAAAGAGUGUAGGAAAGAGUUAAAUCCUGGGGAAUUGUGGGACAUGUUUGGUGAUGGAACUCCAGAGUUGAAGAGAUUUGCUAUUCGAAUUCUAAGCUUGACUUGUAGUUCUUCUGGAUGUGAGCGUAAUUGGAGUUCAUUUGAAAUGGUUCAUACAAAGAGAAGGAAUCGUUUACAUCAAAAAAAGAUGAAUGAUUUAGUUUAUGUGAUGUAUAACUCCAAGCUGAAAAGUAGACAGAUUCGAAAAACUAUAGCUCUUCCAUUUGAUGACAUAGAAUCAGAUGAUGAAUGGAUAGCUGAAGAGACAGAUGAUGUUGUUGAGAUUGAUCAAGUUGAAGGUGAAAAUGAUAGUGAAAAUGUUCACUUAGAUGGAGCAACAACAGAUCCUGUUUUAGAUGCUCUUGAUCUUGAUAACAUAACAUUUGAGAACAAUGAGGAUGCACAAGCACAACAUUCAUUAAAGGAAGAGUUAGAUGAUGAUGAUGAUGAUGGAGAUGAUGAUGCCAUUAUUAGAGGAUUAGAGGAUUAA